UCAUGCUGCUGCCAGGUCCAGAGUCUCUCAUGGGUCCCUGUACGGCCUCCCAUUGCUGCUGUCUCCAUCGCCACACUCUGCCAUGUGCCACUUUCAGGUCUCCUCACACACUGCUGGGUUCCAUUUUUUGUCAUAGGGUGCUGGCAGAUUACGGGCAUCCCAUAGCUGCUGCCAGGCCCCUAAUCUGCCAUGGGCCCCUGUACCGCCUCCUCAUGCUGCUGCCAGGCCCCUAAUCUGCCAUGGGCCCCUAUACCGCCUCCUCAUGCUGCUGCCAGGUCCAGAGUCUCUCAUGGGUCCCUGUACGGCCUCCCAUUGCUGCUGUCUCCAUCGCCACACUCUGCCAUGUGCCACUUUCAGGUCUCCUCACACUGCUGGUGGGUUCCAUUUUGUCAUAGGGUGCUGACAGAUUACGGGCCUCCCAUUGCUGCUGCCAGGCCUGUAAUCUGCCAUGGGCCUCCGUACCGCCUGGUCACGCUGCUGCUGGGUCCACAGUGUGACAUGGGUCCCUGUACCGCCUCCCAUUGCUCCCACUCUGCCAUGUGCCACUUUGAGGUCUCCUCACACUCCUGCUGGUUUCCAUUUUGUCAUAGGUUGCUGUAUGGCCUCCCAUUUCUGCUGCCUCCACCGCCA